GUCGUAUGAGCAAAGGGACGACACAGUACCAGGGCAGUACGAUUGAAUUAAGUUUGUCUGGACAGUGAAGAAGAAGAAAAUGGCACAAAGAAUAGGCUUACAGCUCUUUGUCAGCAGAUUAUCAUCAUACACGACAAAUCAUGAGCUCAAAAGGUUGUUUUCUCCCUUCGGUGCUGUUUCGGAAGCUAGACUAGUUGUUGAAUCAAAAACACUCAGGCCGAAAGGGUUUGGUUUUGUUACUUUCGAGUCAGAGGCUGAUGCACACAAGGCAUUGAAGGCAAUGAAUGGCAGGAUUGUUAAUGGAAGGCUGAUCUUUGUUGAAGUUGCAAAGGAUACCGAGCGAUGAUGUAGCUCUCAACAGAUAUUAGAUGAAGGGAUUGUGCACGGUUCUCUUUUAUUUCCCCAAUUCUGUUGGGUAAUUAGGGAAACCAAGAGGGCAUGGACGUCCAAGUGUUGGUAAAAGCAUAUUGUAAGACAAUUUAUGAUUCGUGAAGAAAGUGUAAUUUGUGGAAGGGGAAAAGCAAUGCAUUUGCUUUCAGUACUUUGCAUAAGCACUCGAUUGUGCUCAUGCUUUUGCCCGGACGAGUAACUUGACUUCAUUAUUGUAAAAGGAGAAGUUGCAUUA